AUGCACCGACCCACUUACCCGACCACCCACCGACCAUGGCUGGAUCCUCUGAGAGCAGCAGCGCAGCGGAGCGUAUCGGAUACAUCACCCGGGUGCAGAGCUUCAGCGCCUGCCACCGACUCCACAGCAUUCACUUGAGUGAUGAGGAGAACAAAAGAGUUUAUGGGAAAUGCAACAACCCCAAUGGUCAUGGACACAACUACAAAGUGGAGGUGACAGUGCGUGGAAAGAUCGAUCGGCACACCGGCAUGGUCAUGAACCUGACUGACUUGAAGAAGGCCAUUGAGGAGGUGAUCAUGACUCCACUGGACCAUAGAAACCUGGACAAGGACGUGCCAUACUUUGCCAGUGUUGCCAGCACAACUGAGAACCUGGCUGUUUACAUCUGGGACAACAUGGUGAAGGCGCUCCCUCCCAACCUGCUCUACGAGAUUAAGAUUUACGAGACGGAUAAGAACGUUGUUAUAUAUCGAGGAGAGUAGAUGUCUAAGUGUCGAUAUAAUUUGUUUGUGUGUUUGAUUCGGUCACCCUGGACAUGUACAAGUGCCAUUAAUUCACUGUUUGCCUACUGAUGACUGCAGAUCUGGUUAGUUAGACUGACACAGGUUUAUGAAGGCUGAUGUUGUUACACUUGCACUUUAUAGACCAAAGAUUUUGUAGCCAAUCCAAAUGUUCAGUAUUGUUGUAGAGAUUGUAUUCUUGGAAAGGUGGAAAACAUUAUUUAAUAUUUCCCAAUAUUUCCUGUAUGACCCCUUAAAACAAAGCGAUGUGUAGUUACAAACCCUAAUUAUUCAGUGUGUAUUAGUCUACGGGCUGAUCUGGGUCAACCAAAGAGCCAUAGUUUGUUUCAUUUUAUUUUAUUAGAAUAUUCUCAAAGGCCAGAAAUCUUACAAAAAUGUAAAAUGUAAAAAAACCAGUAUUUUUUCUGACCCCUUUAUGUAGUGACCCCUUGAUGGUCCCAAACCUCAGGUUGCCUUCACAGGAUGUUAAAAGUCUACGCUGAACACCAAACUCCAAAUACACAUACAUAUAUGUGGGACCAAAUAUUACAUGUACAUACAUAUGAUGUUUAGUAAAUUAAUUCCAUAUAUUCCAGAAUGUUUUAUCCUUAAUAUCUUUCAACUGUAACUGUGGAUUCAAGAUUCAGAUCUUGAUUCCACAAUUUCCGUGGAAUCACGUGGAAUUCCGUAAUUUAUUGAAAUUUAUCUUAAUGAACUAACUUGAACAGAAACAGGACAAGAGAAAUGUCAAACACUCAUAAAGCACAUAAUACAUAAAACAAUGUAUGAAGGAGAGGAGAAAUAAUUAUUUUAAUUUAAAUCCACCUUUUGAUAAAAUGAUCAUCUCAACUCUGACUUAAGUCUAUGAAUAGCUGUUUACACUCAGAGCACACUGUGAACUGGCCAAUAGUGACUUGUGGUACCAACCUGUAUCUCUCAACCUGCUGCAUUAAACCUGAUUGUGUAAUGUUUAUUCAGUGCUGUUUCUUACAGUAAAAGCAAAA